CUGGACUGUCAUUUCUCCUUAUCCAAUGUACUCCACGUUUCAUGACCUUAAUUUCUACGAGUGGUUGAAGGCUAACAGUACGAAUCAACUGGUUCACCGUAGCCAGGAUACAGCUAUCAAAGCUAUUCGUGACUUUAUUUGGCUGAAAGCUAGAGAAUUCUUAGCUAUUACCACUCGUGUUGCUCACACAGGCACCCGUGAAACCAUCCAAGUUGGCCGGACCCCUCCACCGCCUGGAUUCAUCAAGUUUAACACUGAUGGUUCGGCCUCACCGAAUCCUGGACAAUCUGGUGCAGGAGGGAUUAUAAGAGGUGAAUUUGGUAAUUGGGGUUACCUUAAAUUAGUUCUUGAAAUUGAUUGCAAAGUGGCUGUUUCACUUUUGGAAAAUGGGAAUUAUACUUUUCACUCACUGAGCACAUUGAUUUCUGAUUGCAGGAGGCUGAUGACCCAAAUCCCCGAUCUCGGCAUUUCCCACAUCAUGCGGGAGGCCAAUUCUGCUGCUCAUCUCUUGGCCAAGUUUGGUGCUAGGAUGGACACUCUUUUUGUUGUAUUUAAUAGUUGUCCUCCGGAACUUUAACUCUAUUUUGUACUCUGAUGUUUUUGGGAAUAGUGUUCCCAAGAAUGUAACUAUGUAUAUAUAUAUAUAUAUAUUUUUUUUUUGGUUUUUCGUCUGGUAUUUGAGAUUUCGUUUUGAUUAAUCCGAAUCCGACCCGUGUGCGCACCUAGAAAUGGUGGGUGAGUAUCCCAGCGAAGGCUGCUGUGUACACAAUGUCUCGAACUCAAAAUCUUGCUUAAACUGGAACAAAUCGCUUACCACUUA